AUGGAGAGGAAGAACCAGAGUGGGAGAGUGAGUGAGUCUGUGUUGCUGGGCUUCCCAGCUCCUGUGCCACUGCAGGCACUAUUAUUUGCCCUUCCUCUGCUGGCCCAUGUGUUGGUGCUGACUGAGAACACACUCAUCAUUAUGGCAAUCAGGAACCACCCCAGCCUCCACAAACCCAUGUACUUCUUUCUGGCCAACAUGUCCUUCCUGGAGAUUUGGUACGUUACCAUCACUAUUCCCAAGAUGCUAGCUGGCUUUGUUGGCUCCAAACAGGGCCAUGGGCAGCUAAUCUCCUUUGAGGGCUGCAUGACGCAGCUCUGCUUUUUCCUGGGCCUGGGAUGCACUGAGUGUGUCCUCCUCGCAGUUAUGGCUUAUGAUUGUUAUGUGGCCAUCUGCCGUCCUCUCCACUACCCUGUCAUCGUCAGUGGCCGGCUGUGUGUGCAGCUGGUAGCUGGCUCCUGGGCUGGAGGUUUUGGCAUCUCCAUGGUCAAAGUUUUUCUCAUUUCUCACCUCUCGUACUGUGGCCCCAACAACAUCAACCACUUUUUCUGUGAUGUCUCCCCAUUGCUCAACCUUUCAUGCACUGACAUGUCCACAGCAGAGCUUACAGACUUUGUCCUGGCCAUUUUCAUACUGCUGAGGCCACUCUCUGUCACCAGGGCCUCCUAUAUGGCCAUCACCAGUGCUGUGAUGUGCGUUCCCUCAGCUUCUGGGCUCCAUAAAGCCUUUUCCACCUGUGCCUCUCACCUUGUUGUGGUCAUCUUCUAUGCAGCCAGUAUCUUCGUCUAUGCCCGCCCAAAGGCAAUCUCAGCUUUUGACACCGACAAGCUGGUGCCUGUACUCUACGCUGUCAUUGUACCACUGCUCAACCCUAUCAUUUACUGCUUGCGCAACCAAGAGGUAAAGAGAGCCUUAUGCCGUACUCCGUGCCUAUACCAGGGCCGUGAUGCUAAGCCUGGGAAAGCUAGCAGUGUUGGGUAG